GUCAACAAAACACACAAGUCGAAUAAUCAGUUAAUCACCAACUUUUCGUUCGAAAUUUUUCGUGGAUUAAAAACAGGUGGAUCAAGCUCACGGUGCUGGCCCCGGAUUGAUUCAGAGUGGAAAACAAUAUGCAUCUCGUGUCGCCCAAGAAUCCAAAAAGAUCAGAGAAUCAACGAGGACGCUGGAAACUCUACAGGGCAUGAAAGAGAGUGGCUUGAAGAGUGAUCCGAAUGAACCCAACGGACCUAAUAUUGACGCCAAAAUCGAUGAAAUCAAAAACCAACUGAGGCGCACAGAGACUGCCAAAAUCAAAGCUGAGGCUCGGUUGGAGUGCCUUCAUGCUGAUGGAGUCAAAGUCAAAGAAUUCCUUCAAGACGCAGAGUGUUUGGUGACUCUUGGAUUGAUGGUGAUUGAAUCAUAUCAUCAUCUGAGAUCAUUCUUUACAUUGUCGAAAAUUAGAAUGGCAAGCAUCACCAUUGGCUCGGGUUUCUAUUUUGGAAAUUGGUGUCCGUAAGGUGCGUCUCGUGUUAGAUGUUCUCAAAUUGAGUAAAGUUUCAGAUGGAUGAGAUCAACCCGAGUACUUUGUCUAAAAGUAUGUGACCGAAACUUAUGUAAGAUUCGAAAAUGGCAAAAAAUCUAUGUUGAUAAAAACAUUACUGAUAAGCGGGUUGUUUGGUUUGGGCAGACUUUGAACAAAGGGUUUUGUUUAUGGAUGAAGUUAAAUUAAACUCAUGUACAUCUGUUCAGCCAUGCUCUGGGUGGUUAUAAAAUUUAUUUCCUGCAGCAUCAAAGUUAUUUCAAGAGUAAAUAUAAUUUUUAUUUAUUA